GACACCUCAGAGCAAGGGGAUGGAGAACGGGUCCCGCCCCAAACCCUGCCCCCAAAGAUGGUCCCGCAGGGGCUGGAGGCUGUUGGGGAACCCCAGGAUUUCCAACCUGCCGCCACCCAGCCAGGCGGAAAGUGCCGUUUCCUGAGGCCUCGCAGCAACAGCGCAGCAGAAGCACCCCAAGGUCCCCGGCUGCCCAUCCUCUCCUGCCACCGUCGCUGCGGCACCCGGGCACCAUCACGGGCGCCGCCACCCAGCUCGGCCACCCGCCGCCCUCCACACCCCAGCCCAGUGACGGCCGUCUCACGGCAAAGCCCCCUCCUUGGGGAUUUUGGAGGUCCCACGUGGAUCCCUGCCUUGCAAAGCCCUUCGCCAUCAUCCCCCCGCGGCCGCGCUGAACCAGAGCCGGUGCUCGUGGCGGCGGCGAAGCGGCGGCAGCUCCGGCUGCGAUGGCUGUCCCCAAAUAAUCCUCUUAUAAAUUCCACGAGAUAAAAAAAAUAGCUUCCAAAUAAUUUGGGCUCGGCGCUGGGAUGGCGGAUCCCACCAAGCAGACCCCAGUGUACCGGCAUCCAGCAGAGCUUUUGCCCGCGGCCGCUCCUGGCAUGGGGUCAGCAAACGGGUUCCAUCUCCUGCCGGGGGAUCAAGGGAUUAAAGCAGCAAAUUUUUCCCCCGCUCCCAGCCUGACCCUCUGCCACGGACCAUUUUUGGGGAGGGUACAGCUACGGGAUGGAGCGUGCCCCGGCUCCUGCGGUGGGGGACCCGACGCGAAGGUCACGGCCAGCCGGCCCCGCUCAAGGACGGAGGGGAGCGAGCGGGAGCUGAUCUCCGGCAGCUCCGAGCGUUUCAAGGAGCUGCCAUCCCAUGGGAACUCGGUUUCGGCAUCACCCGCUGCUCACCCCACGGCGGGAGCCGGGGAGGCCGGGAGCGAUGCUGGCGGUUUUCCACGGGGGGAAAAAACAGCAUCGGGGAGGAGGACGAGGAGGAGGAGGAGGUGAGCCGAACGCUUUGACAUCCGCAGCACCGGCUGUCUGCAGCACGCUGCCGGCUCCGGGCCCUGCCGCCGGCUCCUCGCCAUGGCGGAGCGUCCCCGUGAGCUGGGGUCACCCCAACAGUUUAGGGCUGGAUCCCCACCACCACCCCACCCUGAGAGCAGCGGGGAGACAGCGCCGGGGGUGCGGGGCAUCCCCCGGGCAGGGUCGAGCAUCCCCAUGAGUAACGGGGCGGGAGAGCAAAAAUUACUAUUAAUGAUUAAAAAAAAAAAUCAAUAGCAUGACAGAAUAAUAAAAUAUUCUCGUAA